CAGCGUUCUGUCAUCAUAACGGGUUUUCUCUCAGUUCGUAAAACUAUCGCGGAAGUUGUGCUGAUAAAAAGUGCGUAGGAAAGCAAUGGAAUAAUUAUGUGUUGCUCAGCAUGUCGCACAGGUCUCCCAAAGCGCCAACUGCCGCCGAUGGAAGCAAUAGCAGAGUGCAGAAAAUUACGGAAAAGUUCGAAACGCUCAUAACAUCGCAACAGCAGCAGCCGAAGCAACAGGUGUAUACAUCAUCUCCACCUCCUCAUCUUCCUGCAAUCGCUGCUGCUGCUGCUGCCACUGCUGUUGGCCAACAGCAAUAUCAGCAGCUACAAUCCGUCCAAGAUUGGCCAUCGAAGGGAACAGGUUCGGCGCGCGAUAACCAACCGCUUGUCGAUGAACCAGCCGCUGUGUUGCGAGAUUUAGAGGCUAGGCGAGGCAUCAAGCGGUCUCAAGCAUUUCGCCGAAGCACUUCACAAACGAGUUCGAUGAACGGUGGCAAUGUGUCACGCGCCUCGAACGUGCAGCUUAUCCACUCUGAAAGCAUACGCGAAGCACUGAACAAACCGCUGCCGGAAGGGCCUCCACCCGAGAAGCCGCCACGAACAUGGGGACGCGGUUUGGACGAUGGCCGGUGCACGCUGGACGGCGAACGGACGGCAGACUCGCAGCAAUACGAGGACGUGAACAUGUUGAUCGAAGUCGCAUUUCAGGAGCCGGGCAAGAACCUUCAUGAUUCACCGUCCCGCGAACAAAUUUCCCUGAAGCAGCCCGUCAGUGAAGAGCAUCGCAAGCGGUUACGCAGAUUGUCUCGAUGUGCCGAACUGAACCAUUACACGCAGCAGUAUGGGACAAUCCGCUUGUAUGAUGCGGUAGAUAAGGGAGGUGGUACCCCCGUAGUCGCGGAGUGUAAAACGGCCGAUACCAAAGGAUUGAUCGAACACUACAAUAAGUUGAGCACUGUCGAACAGGGUAAGACUCCUGCGCCCGCGCCGCAAACGCUGUACGAGUACUGCAUAGUGGUUGGGUACGAUUUGAUGCAAAACAAACCGUACGUUAAGAGCCGGUAUCCGCGGCACAAGCAGCCACACAAAAUGAUCGAGGUGUUCGUGUAUCCCGACAAUGGCGCACUGGUGAGAAACCGUAAUCAGGAGUACUGUAUCAUACUUACCGACUAUCCGCUACGGUUGUACGGCUUCUGCAGACGGGUGCUGCCAGAGUCGUCCGAGUUCUGUAUCCCACUCACGUACUGCCUUGUAACGAAGUACAACGAGCCGAAAGUAUUUUAUAAGCUGCUAGAGUACAUCGAAAGCCAGCACGGCAAUGGUCGCGUGCCGGAGCUGCUAAUGGAACAGUUUUACGAACAGAAGCUGCCGGAGGCGGGCGACCGGUUGGCGCUGACGCUGCCGGUCAGCUUCGAGAUGCGGCCCGCGCUCCGGCAGGAGCUGCCGUCACUGCCGACCACCAUGACAAUCAACCGUCCCAAAGAUUUACGCUUAGAGAAAACGGAACUGUACGAUAUUUUCAAGUGCCUCGGAUCGGACGGACUGAUCCACGUGUUCGAAAGCUUGCUCCUCGAAAAAAUGGUGAUAUUAUUCAGCGAACAUUUGUCCCUGCUGACGUCUUGCGUGCAAGGCCUACUGUUAAUACUCUACCCAUUCCAAUGGCAGCACAUACUGGUCACGGUCAUUCCCGAACACCUGCAGCAAAUGCUCGAAGCGCCCGUACCCAUGCUUGCCGGCACGUUGCAACCCGUGCCGGAAGAGCUGUGGGAAGGUGGCAACACGUGCUACGUGAACCUGGACAAGCGCACCGUGCGUCCGGCUAGGAAGGAACAGUUUUCCAUCCUACCGAGCGAACUAAAGAAACCGUUGCGGGUUUCGUUGGAUCUUGUAAAAAUAUUCGAAGAUUCCAAGGGACUGGCGAGCGUUCUGAUCGGUGGUGCAUUUGUCCGGUUUUUUGUAGAACUAUUCGCUACCCUGGAUCCGCGGACAUACGAGAAAGCAUCAUUUUUGGAGCAGUUUGACAAUCCGGAAACGAAACUGUUUCUAAACUGUUUUCUGGAAACGGUGAUGUUUGCCGACUUUCUGGAACAUUGGCAUGUCGCGAAACUGACACCGAAAUCACCGGCACCGGCUGUUGGCAGCUCCGACUACACGCUGUUUAACUCGAAAAUUGCGGAAAAAUCGCAAACCAAGUACUGGCAUUCGGCCACGUUCGACGAGGUGGUAGCCAACUCGAAACAUAUCGAACGAAAGGGGAAAACCUUCAUGUCCAAAGUGAAGGGUUUGAUGAAAAAAUCAUGAACUCGAUGGCUUUCUUAGAGAAAAGCUUCGUUUGGAAAAAAAGGCGCCAUAGUUUGGGGGGGGGGGGGGGGGGGGCUGGGUAUGAAACACUGACAUGCUGACAAAAUUUUAAUGUUCAAAGCUCUGGAAAGCCAUAACGAACGAGCAGCUGUUAAAUAUGCUACAACAGUAGCGUCGAAUGAAGGCAAAUUGUGUGGCGUACGACGAAGCGUAUGCUGUUGGAAUAUAAAGUUUAGACGAUGUAAAGGCUAAAUUAGUUAAAUAAAAGACAAUAAUUUGAUAAA